AUGCUUUCUGCUGCUGCACCUUGGUUUGGCCUGCAAGGUCGGCAGCCAGAAGAUAAAUUAGAGAAGGCCCUCUGUUGCAUUCAACAAAUGGAGAAGUUAUGGAAAGAGGAACAAGAGUUGAAACUAACAAUGGAAAUUAAGUGGCAACAGGCAAUGCAGGAAAAGGAGGAAGAACUGAAGGAAGAUAAGGCAAAGGAGGUACUAAGCAACAGAGAAUGGCGAAGAAAGCAGGCAGAAGCUCUGAGGAAGCAAGAUAAAUUCUUGUUGAUGAGGCUUUUCAAUGGAAUUACUCACAGAAAUAACCUGUUAGAAAAUACAGGAAAGGAAGAGGAUGAAAGAAAUGAACAAGAAAAUGGAAGUCACCAGGAGUACUGCUGUGAACCAAGAAGAGAAAACAGGAUACUUAAAAAAUUAGUGGUCAGCCGCCAAAUCAAGGUGCAGCAGCAGAGAGCAUGCUACACAAGAAGAACCAAGGUGGAGCAGUGGAGUGCAAGCCACAAAGGGUCUUUUAGAAUAGUAGGAGGAGGAGGAGGAGGAGGAGGAGGAGGAGGAGGAGGAGGAGGAGGAGGAGGAGGAGGAGGAGGAGACUUUGGGUGCCACUUAAGUUGA